AUGAGUUCCAUGCAGGAGAUGGACAAAGAGCUUCGUCUCAAUACGUCCGAUGAAGAAAGGCGUGACUCGAUCUACAUGCAGGAUAUGCAUUGGAGCGUGAAGCAUCAGCUUCCUUGGUCAACUUUUCUUCGGCCCUCCAAGCAGUACUCGCACCAUGUCUCCAAGCCAAAGAACCUGUUCAUGCUCUGCUUCGGGCCUCGAGUCGCCUCGUACCCGCACAAGCGUGAGGGAGGACAGCACAUCCUUGCGGACAUGAACAUGGCUGGAUGCAACGGCUUCUGGGAUCUCGAGGAUAUCACGGAGCACAUGGCUCGCAUUCGGAAGCUCUUUGCGCCGGAGAUGUGCUUUGAAUACAAGCUCCGAAAAGACCUAAAGCUGAAGUUCAUGGAGACGUUUGUUGCAAUGAACCAAGAGUUUGAGAACGCGAUGGCUGGCAAGUAUACCCAGACGAUUGGGGAGUUGGAUCCCACUCGCUCCAAGAAGCUGGAGCAGUUCUUUGAACGCACAGUUAUGAGCGAGCACACGGACGAGAUGAGCGCGACGAAAGCCGCCGGAAAGUAUGAAGAUUUUUCGAAGCUGAUGGCGAAGGCCCACAGCAAGUGGGUGAUCUGUGGAGCCCAUAGCAGAGAGAGCGAGGACGCCUUUGGGGUGGAAGACAACUUCUUCAGGAACCCGAAGUCUUAUGAGAAGUGGAUAGGUUCCAUGGCUGAAGAAAAUACGCCUGAGUGCAAAACCUUGGAUGGUUCCAUCGGCUGCGUCAAGUGUGCCAUUGCCGUGAAAGACAAGCACAACUGCCCCAUUCGCCUUGAUGUCAAGUUACAAGACAUCUACCGGGCCCUCAAGCGAAAUGCAUAUCCCUUCUUGGUGAGCCAAUACGGAGUGCGAGAAGAAAAGGAGACGGAAGAAGGCAUCCGGUUGGUGAAUGUCACCAAGGAAGGCACAUGUCUCUUGCGAAAGAGUCCGCUGAACAUGCGGCGUGUCUUCGCUGAAGCAGGCAGAGAGAAGGCACGAGAAGAGUUCUUCAAAGCAACGAAAGACGACACCGUGGUGAUCUUGAGGGACAUCGAGCACCUCAACACACACCUUCAAGCCGAAAAGAGGUCUGACAGGAUCCUCGAGACGACAGACCGCUAUCCCAUCAGGGAGCGCCUGGAGGAGAAGGCUCUGCGCGAGAAUGGCAAUGCAACGCUGCCGGGUGGCGUGGUCGACUACGAGGAUGUCAUGAGCGCCUUCAGCCAGACGUACAAAGACACCGUGGAGGAGUUCGCGCAGUGGUUCGUGUUUUCCGACAGGAUCAAGGAGGCGCAGAACAGGCCAGAACACAAGGUGGACUACAUCAUCAGCUGCCCCUGCUCCAAAGGAGAUUUUGACGUCAAUGAGUACUUCCAGGACAUCGGCAGCCAAGGCAUGUCUGAGUACUACAACCGAUGA